AUGGCGGUGGAGGUGACCAACUACUGCACUGAGCAUUCGAAGAAGGUCACAGAGCAAAUGGAUGAACUCUGGGACUGGACUUGCCAAAAUUUUGCCGACGCCGACAAGAUGUCUUCGCCAUUGCAAGGAGCAACAAUGACGUUUCUGGCAGAGUUUGUGAGAGCUCGUCGCAUUCUUGAAAUAGGUUGCUAUACAGGUUACAGCGCCUUGGCCUGGUACGAAGGCACUAGAAAAACUAAUGCAGAGAUCAUCUCGCUGGAGGCCGACCCGAAGAUGAUUGCAGCCUCGCGCAACAUUUGA